GCGGGGUCUUUCCGGCCCACCUGCCUUCAAGUUCUGCGAAGAGGUUCCGCUCCCAGCCUAGGGAGGCCCUGGGUCUCUACUCGUGUGUUUACCGAAAGCGCUCUGAGCGCCCUGCCGGGAGCCGCGGAGAGCGCGGGCGAAGCCGGAAUUCGGCCAUGGAUUCUGUGACGUUUGAGGAUGUUGCUGUGAACUUCACCCAGGAAGAGUGGGCUUUGCUGGAUCCUUCUCAGAAGAACCUCUACAGAGAUGUGAUGCUGGAGACCUGCAGGAACCUCGCUGCUAUAGGAAACAAGUGGAAAGACCAGAAUCUUGAAGGCCAUUAUAAACGUCCUGCAAGAAACCCAAGGUUCCCAAGGAGGCCAGAAGAGGGUGUUGGACUCAUGGCGCAUGCCUGGCUUGGAGUUGGAAUUGCAAGAGGUUGUAAACCACGUGAAGUGGGUGAUUGCAGCCGAACUCUCGUUCUCUGGAAAAGCAGAAGUUCUGUGUUUGAGACACUCUAUGAAGAUGGAGAAGAUAGUCUGGAUGGAGAAACUUUCACUUGGAUAGCAGAUGUCAACAUGAGCAUGAAAAUUUCUAGUGAACUGACACUUUACGAAAACAAUUUGUUUAGAAAGGGUUCCGUGUAUUUUUCAUCCUUUAAUAACUGUAUUACAUCUCACCCUCAACAUAAACCACAUGAGCAUGAGGAAUAUGGACACAAGGAACAUAACUCUAACUCUCUCACAAGCUGUCAAAGACAUAUGAGAGCUCACAAUGUGAAUGGACCUCGUGAAUAUGAGACAUGUUUAAAAUCUUUUGAUUUUCCACGUUCAUUGGGAUUACAUCAAGAAGGACACAAUGCAGAAAAUCUCUAUCAGUACAAGGAAUGUAGAAGGGCCUCUGUUGAUGUUAGUUCACUUCGUACACAUGGAGGAACUCAAAGUGUAAGAAAAUAUUAUCCAUGUAAUAUAUGUGGUAAGCCUCUGCGUUCUUCCCUUUCUCUUCAAGGACAUGAAAGAAUUCAUACUGGCGAAAAACCCUAUGAAUGUAAACAAUGUGGUAAAACCUUUACGUUUCCUGGUUCCUUACAGGUACAUGAAAGAAUUCAUAGUGGUGAAAAACCCUAUGAAUGUAAGCUAUGUCUUAAGACCUUUAGACAUCACAAUACUCUGCAGUUACAUAAAAAAAUUCAUACCGGAGAAAAACCCUAUGAAUGUAAACAAUGUGGUAAAACCUUUAGACAUUAUAGUAAUCUUAAAAUACAUGAAAAAAUUCAUACUGGAGAAAAACCCAAGGAAUGUAAACAAUGCGGUAAAACCUUUAGACAUUAUAGUAAUCUUCAAAGACAUGAAAUUAUUCAUGCUAUGGUAAAACCCAAGGAAUGUAAACAAUGUGGUAAAGCCUUUAGAUACGACUAUUACCUUCAAAGACAUGAGAGAACACAUACUGGAGAGAAACCUUAUCAGUGUAAACAAUGUGAUAAAACAUUUAAAGAUCAAGGUUCUCUUAAAAGACAUGAAAAAAUUCACACUGGAGAAAAACCCUAUGAAUGUAAACAAUGUGGUAAAGCCUUUAGACAUCGUAGUAGUCUUCAGUUGCAUAAAAAAAUUCAUACUGGAGAAAAACCUUAUGAUUGUAAACAAUGUGGCAAAGCCUUUAGAUGUUACAGUAUUCUUAAAGAACAUGAAAAAAUUCAUACUGGAGAAAAACCUUAUGAAUGUGAGCAGUGUGGUAAAGCCUUUUUACGUCAUAGUCAUCUUCAGAGACAUAAGAAAAUCCACAUUGUAGUAAAACCCAAGGAAUGUAAACAAUGUGGUAAAACCUUUAAACAUCAUAGUCAUCUUCAAAGACAUGAAAAACUUCAUGCAGGAGGAAAACCCUAUGAAUGUAAACUGUGUGGUAAAGGCCUUAGAUGUCGCAGUUACCUUCAGUUACAUGAAAAACAUCACACUGGAGAAAAACCCUAUGAAUGUAAACAGUGUGGUAAAGCCUUUAUGUAUCACAGUAGUCUUAAAAGACAUGAAAAUCUUCAUACUGGAGAAAAACCCUAUGAAUGUAAACAGUGUGACAAAUCCUUUAGCUGUCACAGCGAUCUUCAAAGACAUGAAAAAAUUCAUACUGGAGAUAAAGCCUAUAAAUGUAAACAGUGUGGUAAAACCUUUAUACGUUACAGUAAUCUUCAGUUACAUGGAAAAAUCCAUACUGGAUAAAAAUCCUAUAAAUGUAAACAAUGUAAUGUAAACAUUACAGUGAUCUUGCAGUAUGUGAAAAAAAAUCAUACUGGGAAAAACCCUGUAAAGGUAAACUGUGGUAAAGCCUUCAGAGACCCCAUUUGUGUUAAAAGGAAUGAAAAAACUCAUACUGGAGAAACACCUGGACAGUGUAAACAAUGUGAAAAAGCCUUUAAAUUUCAUUGUUUCUUGAGGAUACACAUAAAACAAAUUCACUGUGCCUAAGAACUGUGAAUAUCAACAAUGACUUUAGAUGUUGUACUUCCUGAAAUUACAUAAUAGGGCAGUUAUACUCUACGAUGUUCUUUGAUUAUCAAUUCAUGGGAGAAAAAUCCUAGUGGUAUUUUCAAAAAAGCUUCAUAAAUUCUUUAUAUGUAAGAAUUCACUUCAUUUACAGAUAAGAACUCACUGUCAAACCUCUCAGAAUUUAACAGUAUGGGAAAGGACUGAGCUAUCAAAGUUCCAAAUUCCACCACUGUUUGAGACUCUUCUUCCUCUUGCUCUUACACUGUUUUGUAGCACUUUUAGAGCCUUGGAGGGGAUGAUACAAAUGACCAGUUAUGGAUCAACAUUGAGCCAAUGUGGAAAAGCAAUACUUGUUCUCAAGACCUUCAUCAUUGUUUGUGAGUCUCUGUGGUACACCAUCCUUUGUGUAAGGACAUCUCCUUCCAUGAUGGAUUGCAGUUGAUAAGAACUAAUCUAUAGGCAUUAGCUCGAUUUUUUUUUUUUUUUUUUUUUGAGGUGAUUUGAGAGACACAUCACAUGCACUUAACAAAACAUUAACUGCCUCCCUACUGGGGCCUAUGACCUUUCUACUCGGUGGUUAAGAACACUGACUUCUUGCAGAAGACCCAGGUUCGAAUCCCAGCACCCACCUGGCAGCUAACAACUGUAACUCCAGUUCCAGGGGAUCUGAUAGUCUCUUCUGUUCUCCACAGGCACUGCACGACAUGGGUGCACUUACUUACAUGCAGGCAAUACAUACACACAUAAAAAUAAAAUAUUUUUGAAUAACCAGACAUGAAUUUCCUCCUUGUGGAAUGGACUGUAAAUUCAAUCCUAAAGCUGUUGGUUAUACCAUGAUUGUUGUGCCACUAUUGUACAGUAGGCAUAUCCUGCCUGGCCUGUUGGUACUGUAGCACAGAGGAUCUACAGCUGAGCAUGACUGUUGGUGGCAGUUCUUCCCCAACAAUCUGCAUAACACCUGGCACCAUGCCACCCAGUAUGGAGGGAGCUUCCACCUGACUUCUAGCAUUGUUUCUCAAGGCCCUGCCACCAAACAUGUGGUGACUUUGGGAAUGGGGUCUUACCAUCUAGUUUUGGCAUGUAACCAAACAGUACUGGCCAUAGCCUUUUUGAUUUUAUUGGAUGGUCGCCUGCUUUUGCCACCCAAAUGCUGGAAUAAAAGGUAUGUGCCACCAUGCCUGGCUUUAAUAACCCAUUCUUAAAUGAUUAACCCCAGUAGCCUUGAAAGGUAGAUGAGCAUAACUUUGUGCUUGUCUUUAUUUCAGGUCUGUGCCGUCAGUGUUUGUGAACUGAGUAGCCUUGUCACUGUCGAUUCUAUAUGGGCACUUACACAUAACACUGAACUGGAUGAAACUCUGAAUGGUGGCUUUACCUGUUCCUUGCUUGCAUAGAAAUGCUUGUAAGAGACCUGUGGCACUGCCCACGCAUAAGAGCAUAUUUGCAUCCCUCAUUCAUAGUCAUAGGUCCUAUAUGGUGUGUUUGCCAGUCUCUUAAGGGACAAGUUGACUUAGGUAUGUGUCCUGUCUAAACAUCCAUCAGCCAGGCUGUGAUUGAGAACAGACCAAGUUUAUGACUGGCACUUCAUUAUUUGUGGUGUGGAUAUAGAGAUGUCUGAGACAAAGACAAUGUUUCCUGCCUGCAUAUGUUUCCUUAAUGCUGAGUGUGCUACUCCUGUGGCCACUGCUGUUGUUGCUCUAAUCCUCCAGUGAGAGACUGCAAAAUGGCAACUCUAGGAAAUUUCCAGGUCUUCACUGCCAGAAUGGAACUGUCGAGGCACCAGCUGUGUGGACCAAGCAGCUUCUGAGUUGUCAGCCUCUCUUGUGCACACAGAUAUUGCUGGACUCUAACACCACUUCUGAGCUCAUCUACUGAGCCCCUUUCUUGGCACAUGCACCUUCUGUUGCGUCUGUUCCUCUCCAGCAUUCUUUGUUGCAUAGUUUCUGGUAACAGGGUGGGUUGCAGAGAAACGGAAUUGAUGGGUGGUGAUUCCCCCUCCCCCCCAUUGGCAGAGUUCUAUAGCGUACACAAUCUUCUGCAUUUGAUCAUUUCACCUACAUGCUGCCCCAGGAAAACGUCUUUUAACAAAAACAGUUUCUAAGACUCUAACAAAAGGAAUUAAAUUUCAAAAAAGCGGUUUAAAUUUAUUGUGAAAAUAAAUGAAAAUGUCUUCAGAACACUUAACAUGCUUUGCCUAGGUUUCAUGUACAGAUUGUGUCCUCAUUGGAGUAUUAUUCAAUUAAAA